CCUACGUUAACGAUCUUUACCAAAACGGAAAAGUGUUGAUUUUUUCGUUUUUGCCGUAGACUAUCUUUACCGUAUUAAAUACACACUGACAAGCUAUAAAGCACUUCUCUCCUGGCUGGCCCAAUCAAGUGGUGAUGGCGUUCAUUCAGAUGAGCGUACCGCUUGUAUUCUGGGGUCAAAGGGCGCCCAGUCACCAAAUAACUUGUAUCUGCCGAACGGAGGAUAAGAAGGGCAUGGCAACGGGAUCCAGCACAGGACAAAUCUGUUUAUGGGAUAUACUAAAGGAAAGAGAUACGGAGAGAAUAAAGAGUCGACCCAGGUGUUUGCUGUUCGGGGGACAAUCUGCUAUUCUCUCUAUGUGCUUCGUAAAGAGCUUCACUGGCGAUCGAGACCGUAUUGUCAGUCUGUCAGAGAAAGGUACGGUGUCUCUAUGGGAUGGCAAGGACGGAACAUGUCUCAACUUCACACACACUGGUAACAACCACACUGGCCUCAAGUCUCUGCCGCGGUCCAAACAGGCUGACACAGUGAUUGCCUUGUAUGGACAGUAUAGUCAUGUGACCUUGCUUGAUAGUAACAGUCUGGAGGUGCUCUGUACGCUGCGCAGUAGCCACGCCCCUAACUGGAUCGCCAGUGUUGCAUUCCUCAGCAACAUCGAGAAGAAAGAUGCGCUUCUAGCUGUGACAGUGGAUGGUGUUGCUAAGCACUGGCUGCUCCCCAGUCGUCACGACAUGAAGGAACAGGAGCAGUUGUUUGAGGAGAAGGCACAGAACCUUGACGUGAACCACCCCCUCUCAGUCGCCUCCUCCUGUCACAAGACGCACUGCACUGUGCUCAUCGUCACUCAGAAAGCUUGGGUGCUGUACGAUGCGACUGGAGGAAAGAUGAAACAGCUGAUGAUUUACCCGUGUGAACAAGAUGUGAGUGAGUGGUCGUCAGGAGAAUACGUCGAUUACGAGAAAAUUGCCGUUUGGGCCAAGGAAGACGGACGCUGCUUUAUAUACCAGCUGUCAUCAAGGUGUACCCCAGGACUGGAGAGUCUGGAGACAACAUUGGAAAUUGCAUCAACAGCCGGUGCUGUGGUGGAACACAUUCUUGGUUGCCGUGACUACUCGGCAGGGAUGAGCGUGUACCUGGACAGGUUCUGGAUGGUUGAGGGCAACAAAGAAGGAAAGAUUAGUCUAUGGGAUAUACGCCGGAUUAAGGACACACCCCCAACUGUGCAACACUCAAAGUCAACUCAUCAGGUGAUACACAGUCCCAAUGACCUAACACUACCAGAGUGUAGUGCUUGUAUAGCGGACUCCUGGGAACCUCCCGCCAUGCCAUGUGGUCUCACUGACAUGCUCUACCCCCCUGAAAGCAACCCCCCUACGAUAGUGUGUGCUCUGUACUUGGCCUCGUUCGGACGGCUAGUGUGUGGACAGAGUGACGGUUGUGUAGCUGUGCUCUCGGCUACACAGGCCGCUACCAUGCUCAUGUUACAGCCGCGCAAGUUCUCCCGAGGUUGGCCGCAGCAUUGUAUCCUCAAGGGUCACCAUGGCAACGUGACGUCCCUCCUCUACCCGUAUGGUUACAGCAAGGCCUACAACUCAAACUACCUCGUGUCCGGUGGGGCUGACUUCACAGUGAAGCUGUGGGACCUCUAUUCUGGGGAUCUGGUGGCGGACUUUGCAGUCCAUGGAGGGAAAGUGAAGAAUAUCAUCAGUUGCCCCCCUGAUGUAAACCCUCGACUACAGACGUGUGUGUGCUCAAUAGCGGAGGAUUACUCAGUGGCCAUCCUCUCGACAUCUGAGAGGAAGUGUCUGCUGGUGGCCGCUUGUCACUCCUCCCCCGUCAGCACUGUGAGAUGGCGUUUGGAAGAAGACUUUCUAUUGGUUCACUGUGUAGACGGGAAACUCUACGUGUGGCAGAUUGAAACUGGGUCGCUGGAUCGGUGUGUGGAUGGUGAGACAGCGCGUACGAUUCUCUCCAACACACCCGAGCUCCCGCCCACUCCAUCCCAGAGUGGAGGUGUGCCCCUACAAGUACGCACAGUCUCCGUGAGCCCCGAGGACUCAUCAAUACAGGUAUUGGCUUUCGAUCCUCAAAACCUCAUCAACCAUUUGGCCAAGAUGGAGAAGGUAGUGACCACACCCAAGGUACGCAAGCCCACACUGCAAGACAAUGCCUUCAGGACCUAUCUGUCAGCACGGAGAAACUUUGGAAUAGGUACGGGGAUGUCACCAGGAAGUGGGCGUGGUCCAAGACGAGAGUCGCUACCGGCUGGAUUGCCGAGUCAGCAGUCUGGCUCUCGGGAACAAGAGCGUGUGAGAGAAGCACUCGGACAAGCAGUGGCUAAGAUCAGCGCUGAGAACCUGCAAGAACAAGGUCCAGGCACGAUUGUAGACAUCGUUCGUCUCCUUCUUUCCUGCCUCCACGCUUGGAACCUGGACGAGGCGUUGGACGUGGAGUGUGAACAAACCCUGGGGCUAGUGCGCCCGAUACGCCCGGUGUGUUUCGGUCUAAUGAGUAAGGGAGGUUGCCUUAGUCUAGUACUGCCUGGCUGGGGACUGCGUAUCAAACAACAACAGCGGCUGUUCUCUCAUUCGUCGUUUAGUGCCUCCUCCGGGAAAGAGGAGGAAGCAAAAAAGGAGAUGGAGGAUCUUGACGUCCAAACGAGCUACACGAUACGGAUUGGAGGUUCAGAGAAUUCUGCAGAAGUUGAUGGCAAUCAUCCCGAGUCCGUAUAUUUACCUCCGUCCAAUCAGAAAGCAGUGACUCGUCAAACCAGUCAGACGAGUUUCACGUUUGAUCAGAAGUAUCACAUUCGCUGGCAGCUGUCCCAAUCGCUGACGACUCAGCACCUCCUGACAAUGGUCUCCAUCACCAACACUCUCAUGAACCAGAGUGUGGGAGCACACGCCCUAGCGAGAAGCUCUGGUAUCAAGGGUCAGUCCACCAACACCUCGUACGAAGAGGAUAGUGACAGCGAUGAGGAUAGUCAGCAGCUACGAGAUAACAUCAUACGAGCCAACUGGAGUCAGGUUGCAGCUCUUCAUUGUGUGAUGCUCCCUGAGCGUAUGGAGGGCAAGUUCCGAGCACCACACCUCCCAGUGCUGGCGUCGCGCUUCCUCGACCCCUGUCAAGCUAUACGAGAGGCUGCUCAAGCGUUACUUCAGGCAGAGCUACGUCGUAUCAAACAUAGCGGUCGUCGUGAGCUGGUCCAAGUGUGGGCCACCAAGCUACAGCCUCCCACCAAGUCUGCUGACUCAGCAAAGAGCAAGCACCAUAUUGAUGACGAUGACCACUUCUUGUUUGAAGGUCCAAUGCCGACUCAGCAACAGCAGUCUACAGCACUCAUUAUCCUCGGGAUGAUAGGCGCAGAGUUCAACAACGAGUACAAGGGCGACGCCCACUCCAAGAACGCCCACCCCCCAGAGGUCAUGGACCGUGCCACGGCCGCUCUCACAGCUAAAACCCUCCAGGCCGUGCUGCUUGAGAAACCAUCAUCCAGCUCUCCCAUCCACUCUAACCUGAGGUGCUCUGCGGCUGAGUUGGUGGGGAGGGGAUUCCCCCUCUGGGAGAAAUACGUUGACAUACAACAGAUUGUCAUGGGGCUUCUUGAUAUUGUGAUCAACUACAUCCCCAACACUAAGACGAGCCAAUCACAUGGUGGAUCAGGUGACAUACGUAAGACUGCCCACUCAUCCUCUAGGGCCAUGAAGUUUGCAUCUGAUGUAGCACAGAAAGCACUCAAUCUCAUGGCGAUAGUGAAACCUGUCACCAUAGUAUCCAUACUAGCCAAGGAGGUUACAAUGUUCCUAGGGGCACAACACGUAACACACUUCCCUCACUCGUCUCUGCAGCAAGUUCAGGUUGGUAUGACUCCGCCGCCCAGUACGGCUGGUAUCCUCACUCCCUCCAAUCAGCUGCUCCUCUACUGUAAGAACGAGAUGCUGGAUCUCAUGAGGACGGUCAUUGAUAAGGCUUCUCAACAAGUCUCCCUACAACUCGUCGAGGUGGUGGACGUCGUGCUGUUCUGUAGCGAUCAGGAGCCCUACAAGAAGAAGAGCAUUCUGGAGAUAUUUCCAUCCUUUGCUAGGAUCCCCAACAUCAGUUACUCCCCCAAGUCUCGGAGGCUAGCUGUGGGGGGUAGGGCGGGUCAGGUGGUGGUCUAUGAUCUCAAGCAAGGACGCACUCAGAUAGUACAGUCUCACAAACAUCCGGUCACUACUCUCGUGUUCUCUGAUGAUGGCUAUAUCUACUCCUACGCUGACUAAUUGCUCUCUGAUCACAACCUCACUGUUUGGUAUGAACCAAGCACCAAAGUUUGUAUACAGUGUAGUUACAUAUGAGUAUCACAAAAGUUAAAACGCAAUUAAAUUAUCAAAUUUCAGCACAUUCACUAAGGUUUAGUAAUAAUUAUCCAUGACUAUCAAAAAAUUAUCUUGACAAGUAUCUAUAGGAUAUUCAGUAGCUAACAGAGUCAGAUCAAUGUUCAGUGUCUCUAGUUCAUCAGUAGACGUAUAGUUCCAUUUGUUCAAGAGCUAUGUUAGCAUAAGGUGCAGAAUUAGCCAAGCAUAGUCUCAUUUCAAUAUCAUCAGUUGUGGGGGUUGGUAGUGUUUGGUUAAACCAUGGUGGGUUGUUCAACGAACAGCACGGGUUGCCAUGGAUACACCCCUGACCAUCCCAGAGUGGAUCAUUAGGG